AUGCGCGCCAUGCAGAAGCCCCAAGGAGCAGGUGGGUCAGAGGAGGGGAGAUCUGUCUGCAAGGAAAGGGGUGGGUGGGUGGCGGAAUAGCAGAAAUCCAUGGCUGGAAAAAGAGAGAUGAAGGCAGCAGGGUUGAUCCCUCCCUUUUCAAAUAGGCUGGCUACCGCCCACCCCUCUCCGCCUGCAGAAACGUAGGGAACUUCCUCGUGCCGAGUCAGAUCACAUUGGUCCAUAGAGCUCAGUAUUGUCGGCACUGGCCGGCAGCCGCUCUCUGGGGGUUAAGCCCGGGUGUGGGUGUUUCUUUGCCAUGUCUGCCUGCAGGGAUCCUUUGCAUUCAAAGCUUUCUUACUGAACUAAAGCCCUUCCCCACAAACGUCUCUGGCGAUCUCUGCAAAAAGUGCUCUUCCUAGGGAUUUAGGAACAUCAGAAGCCGCCUUUGAGUGAUUUUGCACUAUAUUGUCACACGGACUUUCAGCAGCUCUCCAGGGGCUGAGAGCUAGGAGUCCCUCUCCCAGCUUACCUGGAAAUGUCAAGGAUUUUAGCUGCUUUACCGCCAAGCUUUGAGUCUUCCCCAAGAGCUGUAUGACAGACAGAAAGCCAACUGGAAGAACUCAUUUUUUUUAUCACUGGGUUCUAUGUAAAAACUGCAUUUUUAAGGUUUUUUAAAAACUAAAAUAAAAUUCUGCUGUAUGCUGCCCUGCUGUUUUGCCGAAGGGUGGUGUAUAAAUAAAUGGGAGGGUGGAAUUAAAAGCAGAAAGCUUGGUGGUGGAAACCCAAUUCUUCAAUGCCUUCGAGGUGUCUGCAUUUCUGAAUGCCCAUGCAUUUUAAUUUGAAUUGGAAACUUUUUCAGCAUGAGUGCCACGUUUGGCUUGAGCCCCCACCCCUCAAUGUGCAAUGCCUUAUCAUCAGCUGUAUAUUUUAUGAUAGAUUGCCAGUGAUGGCCCAAGUUGGUGCACCAGAUCUGAGAGCCCAGCAUCGUCUCCCGAUGAUGAUGAUGAUGAUGAUGCUCCCAAUGACCAGCCCCUGGCCACUACUUCUGGCUGUGGAGGCCUCUCAACGAUUGCUUACUCAUGAGUAGGCCCCUCUGGAUCUGUAGGUGCAUAUGGAAUCAUCAUUGCUAAUUCAAUCCGGACCUGAAACUUUUGAUGUUGGUGCUGUCAAGGACUGAGACAGUGGCUGACGGUUCCAGGAGUCUUUCCUUAGGUAUCAACACAGAAAGCCCCUUAAAGGGGAUCCUCAGGCCUAGAUUCAGGGGGCCUCGCCCACUCUGCAAAUCCCCAGCUUAUGGAGUGUUUGAUUUGCCCUCCAAACACCCACAAGCCUGGUGCCAAGUCAGGGCAUAGGCAUGACAUCCAGGAACCCAUGUUGGAAUGUCCUCUGGUUGCUGUGGCAACAGGAGAACAGCUCUUUUUCUUCAAGGCCUCCUCCUGGUAGCUCUCUGGACAGGCAAUCUAGCCCCUAUUCUAGCCCUCAGGGGAGUGUCUGCAGCCCCCCAGAGCCGCCCCCCUAGGCUUUGCCUUUUCACAGGGUGAGAGGGCUGGGCCUUGGAGGCCUCUUCAAAGAGCAAUAAAUCUUCUCACUGCUGUCGGGGUUUCCAGAGCUUAGCACAAGGGUAGAGAAACUUGUGGGCCUCUGAGAGAUUGCUGGACUACAACUCCCAUCCUCCAUGGCCGUUGCCCAUGCUGGCUGUGGCUGAUGGGAAUUGGAGUCCAACAGCAUCUGGCAGGUCUCAGGUGCCCCAAACCUUGCCUCAGGGGGAUGCUGCACAGGCCAGAAUGUGCCCCUCUUGAACCCUAGGUCAGAAAAGAACUGAGUCAGCACCACUUGCAAGCUUUGGGCUGGUCCCAUGCCUAGGAAGCACAGGCCUAAGUGGUUUUCCGUUUGCUCCACCUCAUUCCCCUGGGAAACCUGCUUUUUGCUGCUGCAUCAGAGCAGACGUCGACCUGUGGAGAAUGCGAUGGACAUUUGCUCCAAUUCAGCAGUAAAGAGUGGGAAAAUAGCAGGACAAGAAGAAGUGCAGACAAGCCCUCAGUUUGGUUCUCCAAUCAUUUGUAGAGCAGUGCACUUUGAUUGUUGCCACAUUUCCACCUUACUUUUACAGCAGUAUUAUACCACUUUAACAGUCAUGGCUACCCUCAAAGAAUUCUGGGAAAUGUAGCUAGCUAAAGCUGCUGAGUGUUGUUAGGAGACCCCUCAAUUCCCCUCACAGAGCUACAGUCAGUGCUUUCCCCCCCAAAAAAGUUUAGGGGUACUCUCAUUUUCCUACUCAUACUGAAAUACUGCCCCUCAAUGAGGUCAAACACAUUCAUGAAAUUUUUAGGGGUAUGCGUCCCCCCCAGAAAAAAAGCACUGGCUACAGUUAUCAGAGUAGCUUACCAGUCAGUCUCUCUUUUCAGGGACCUCUGGGAGUUGAUGCUCUGUGGGGGGGAAUAGGGCUCUCCUAACAGCCCUCAGUAUGGCAGCCAUUAUUUAUUGCUUCUUACUCAUUGCCGGCUCCUGAAAUCAAGAAUCUUGUUUUCCUACUGAUUCCACCAAAGUGUGUGUCCUACUGGGGCUUUGUGGGUUGCAGAGCUGUAGCUAGCUGAUCUUGUGCCCCUGGCAGAACCGUCAAGAUUGCGCCCACUAGGAAUGUGGCACAGAAAAAAAUAGGGAAAAACAGCGCCCCACAUAUCAAAUAAAGAGCCUCUAUUUUAAACCUUUUCUUAUGAGGCAAUAAUCAAUACUGGUGUGCUCACCAAUGCCCACGGGUACCAUGUUGGCAGCCUUGAUGUUUUUUGAUCGACACAUGUUGAUCGGAGGUUACAUUUGCUUGGCACUGCCCUAUUUUUCCACUUAUGCCUGUGAAUUUCCUUUUGCAGUGCAAAGGAGGACGAAAGUGGAAGAACGUUACCCAGAAGCACCUGAGGAAGAGGAGAGGUUAGAGCCCAGAGGGGAAAUUUUUCACGCUGCCCAGAGUGGGACCAAAAAGAAGCUUCUGGCUGGGAUGGCUCCAAAGCCAAUUAAGCAGGAACCUGAGGAGGGGCUGCAGCCGUGCUGGGAGGCCCAGUGGCAGGAGUUCCUGAAGACCAUGCAGGCCCCGUAUUUAGGGUGGAGAGCCCCACAGCUGUCUCCACCCCACUCGGGGGGAGGUCCGAAGGAAUUCCGGGCCUCCUCCUUCAAGGAGGCUGGCUUACAGCCUAGAGGAGAGAGUGCCACCCCGAUUCACCUCAGCCUUCCUAGAGAAGCCUCCAAGAAAGCUGAUGAAAGCAGCCCAGAUUCUCCUGCAAAAGUGAAAGAAGGGAUUCUGGAAGAGGAAGAGCCCAUUGACCUGGAGAAACGGUGCCAGCAUUUCCGGCGGUUCUGCUACUGGGAGGCCAAGGGGCCCCGCGAGGUGUGCAGGCGGCUCCAGGGGUUUUGCCGCCAGUGGCUGAAGCCGGAGAGACACACCAAGGAGCAGAUCCUGGAGCUGGUGACUCUGGAGCAGUUCCUAGCUGUCCUGCCCCAGGAAAUGCAGAGCUGGGUCAGGGAUGGCUGCCCGCAGACCUGCGCCCAGGCGGUGGCCCUGGCAGAGGAUUUCCUGCUGGGACUACAGAGGGCUCAGAGAAUUGAAAAGCAGGUGAGUAUCUAAAUCUCAGGGACACGGGUGGCGCUGUGGGUUAAACCACAGAGCCUAGGACUUGCCGAUCAGAAGGUUGGCGGUUCGAAUCCCCGCGACGGGGUGAGCUCCCCUUGCUCGGUCCCUGCUCCUGCCAACCUAGCAGUUUGAAAGCACGUCAAAGUGCAAGUAGAUAAAUAGGUACCACUCCAGCGGGAAGGUAAACGGCGUUUCCAUGCGCUGCUCUGGCCACAUGACCCGGAAGCUGUACGCCGGCUCCUUCGGCCAAUAAAGCGAGAUGAGCGCCGCAACCCCAGAGUGGGUCACGACUGGACCGAAUGGUCAGGGGUCCCUUUACCUUUACCUAAAUCUCUGCUACUGAGCGAUGGGCCUUCAGCAGUUGCUGUAGGGAUAGAGAACCAGUUGUCCUCCAGAUGUUAGUGGACUACAGCUCCUAUCAUCCCUCAUUCUGGCUCAUGCUUCCUGGAACAACAUUUGCAGGGACACAAUUUCUGAAUGGUUCCACAGAGGCAAAGCUGGCUGAAGCAAUGAAUGCAAAUUUCACCCUUAUUUUACAGUAAGCUAGGUUCUAUGGAUAUUCACACAACCCUUUGCAGGCUCCAUCCAGACCAGCAAGAGACAUUAUCAGAGGUCAAAGACACAUUCCAGAAAGGCAAAAAUCCACAAUAAGGGUGUGGAGUAAGGACAGGGAAGGGGGCGGCCUGGGGAGAGCAAAUGUGGCCCUGGGACGGUUCCAAGGGCCAGAUAUAGAUCUGUGGACCUGUGAUGAAGCAACAGGAAGCCUUUCGUCUGCUGAAUUUCUGUGUGUUGGGUCGUGACUAUGAAAAGAAAAGGACAACCCUUGAUAUAAAUAGGCCCCAGUUCCUGUUUCUCGUAAGAUAAUUGUACACCUGCUCUUAUUUCCAGCUGUCCAAGGCUUUGGAAGGGGUGGUUGUUGAUCCCUCUGAUGCUGAGCACAGCCUGUCAGAUGCGGUGAAGAUGCAGCUUGCCACAGAGGCCCAGAAGGAGGGUGCUGGUGCAGCCAUCUUGUUCAGUAAGUUCUGGAGGAGGAGUUGGGAUUCAGCUCAGCUUAUAUGAAGACUGGUGUGGUUUACAUGGGGAGAAAGCUUCCUUUCGUCUUUAUCUGUCCCAUAGAGAGCAAAAGAGCGAGUCUGGCUCCUUUUGCAUCUCCAAUUUAGUUUGCUAGAACCAGGAACUCUUUACUAUGCAAUACGCAUUUCCUGUACUAAACGUAGCUUUCUUUAUUUUCCACAUCUAAAGUCUCACUGUGAUUGCUUUAACUUUGAAGAGUGCCCAACAGCAAGUAUUCAGUACUCAAACAGCUUCCAAAGUGUGUGCUAACUAAUAAAAUCAUAGAAUUGUUGAGUUGGGACCCAAGGGCCAUCUAGUCCAACCCCCUGCAAUGCUGACUCCCUGUCAGAUGGCCACCCAACCUCUGCUUAGAAACCUUCAUGGAACGUGAGUCUACAACCUCCCAAAGCAGUUUGUUUCCACUGCCAAACAGCUCCUACCAUCAGAAAGUUCUUCCUAACGGCAAGGUUAAUAAGCAGAAUGAGCCCAGUUAGGUGAUGAGAGGUUGCAAGAGCAAGUGUGGUGUAGUGGUUAGGGUGUCAGACUAGAAUCUGAGAGACCAGGGUUCAAAUCCACAUUCAGCCAAUAAGCUCACUGGGUGACUUGGACCAACCACUGCCUCUUCGCCUCACAGAGUUGUUUCAGGGAUUAAAUGAGAAGUAUGAGACUCAUGGCAUGCUCUGGUCCAUGGGGUCUCAAAGAGUCGGACACGACUAAAUGACUAAACAACAAAUGAGAAUCAUGUAUGCCACAUUGAGCUUCUUGGGGGAAAAGUGGGAAAUACAGUCGUAUCUCGGAAGUCGAACGGAAUCCGUUCCAAAAUGUUCAGAAACCAAAGCACGACUUCUAAGCUCCUGCAGCCAGUCGGAAGCUGCGGACGCCCUGUUGGCUGUUUGGUUUCCAAAAGAACGCUCGAAAACCGGUACACUCACUUCCGGUUUUCGAGCGUUCGAGAGCCAGAACGUCCAGUUCCCAAGGCGUUUGAGAGCCGAGGUACGACUGUAAAUACAACCAAUAAAUUACUCAAUAAAAUUUUUAAUUGUAUCAUAUUCAUUCUGAGGUGCUUCUGUUCUGCCUUGUGUUUAUUAACUCAGGUGCUUACUGUGGGCAACGAAGGAGUCCAUGUGAAUGAAUGAGCAGGCCAGCCAGUCUCCUGGGAUUCCAUUCUAGCCUCAGAGCAGGGAUGGGGGAACCUGGUCUUGAACCAGGGAUGCCCAUUCCCUUGUGUUGUGUCCCAUGAGUCUCUGAUUGGUGUAGCUUGGCUCUUCGUUUGCACCCAUUGCCUCAUCUCACCCUAACAGAUGCCAUAAGCCGAUUAGGUGUAUCUUGUAGCGUUGAGUUCCACAUGCUGGUUGUGCUUAUGCUGAGAUUCUCUCCAUUUCAGGGGCCAACAAGCAGGACCACAAAGCUGGACAAAAGAGUGUGCAGUGGGCACCACAUGAGCAAGUGGAAUUCAGUGGGGCGCCCUUGGGAAUAUCCGAGGGGAAUGUAUUCCUGCUUCCUGAAUUGGAGGAGGUGCGCAGAUGGCCACAGGCACCACAAAGCCACAUGGGAAGUGAUCCAGGAACAAAAGUGAAGGAAGCCUCUUACGUUGGGGAAGGCAAAGAAGAAUUCAGCAAAAGCACUUUCCAAGCAGGAGUCAACCAGCAGAAGAUUAAGGAGGCAGGCAUCAACUGUGCGGUCAGCUUCAGCCAGACUUCUGUCGCCCUUAAGAACCAGGCACUGGAAAUAGUUGACAAGCCGUACAAAUGCUCAGAUUGUGGGCGGGGUUUCCACCAGAAACCGUACCUUCGAGUCCAUGAACGAACCCAUACGGGUGAGAAACCCUACAAAUGCUUGGACUGCGGGAAAUCUUUCAAUCGGAGGACCGGGCUUUGUAGCCAUCAGAGAGUGCACACAGGAGAAAAGCCAUACCGGUGCUCCUAUUGUGGGAAAUGCUUCACAGGGACUGGGAGCCUUAAAGAACAUGAGAGAACCCACACAGGAGAGAAACCUCAUAAGUGCUUGUACUGCGGCAAAUCUUUCAACCGGCGGGGUGUGCUUUGUAAACAUAAGAGGCUGCACACCGGAGAGAAGCCAUACAGAUGCUCGUACUGUGGGAAAAACUUCAGUCAGAGGUCGCACCUUAUUUCCCACGAGAGAACCCACACAGGGGAGAAGCCCUACGAAUGCGCAGACUGCGGGAAAUCUUUCCGUCAGAGCAACGACCGCUCUCGGCACCAGAAGAUCCACAAAGGUGAAAAAACGCACAAAUGUGCCAAGUGCGGUGAAGCCUUCUGUCAGAGAGAAUACCUCAUCAAGCAUGCGAAGACCCACUCAGGGGAGAAACUGUACAAAUGUGCGGACUGUGGGAAGAGCUUCUACCAGCAAGCCCACCUUAAUGCGCACAAGAAAAUCCACACGGAAGAGGCGACCCACCAUUGUUUCGAGUGCGGGAAAUCCUUCCUCCAGAGCUCUGACCUUCAUAGACAUCAGAGCAUCCACAAUGGCGAAAAGCCACAUAUAUGCCUCAAGUGCGGGGAACGGUUCUGUCAGAGAGCGUACCUUAUCAGGCAUCAGAGGAUGCACACGGGAGAGAAACCAUACGAAUGCUCGGACUGCGGAAUGGGCUUCUAUCAGCAGGUGCAUCUCAAUGCACACAAGAAAAUCCACACCGAAGAAAGACCGUACCACUGCUCUGAGUGUGGGAAAUCCUUCCGCCAGAGUGCCAACCUUCGUAGACACCAGAGCACCCACAAUGGCGAAAAGCAGCAACAAUGCCCAGAGUGCGGAAAAAGCUUCUAUCACAGAGUGUACCUACUGAGGCACAUGAGGAGCCAUACUUGA